AUGAAGCUGCUACCCGUGAUUCUCUUGGUCUGGAUCCACAUCAAGUCGGCCAAUUCCUUACCAAUUGAGGAAACUCCUGGCUUUACCCCAUGGCCAAUUGAGAAACGAGGAGUCAUUGCCGAAGACGUCUUUUCUAAUGCCCAGUUUGGUGCCAAAUUCGGCGUCCAAGACGAUACGUGCAGAGGACAUUUGCCGAAACCAGGUUGUUGGACCAUGAUGGAUGCUACUGUUGAUAAAUUCCUUGCAAACCGAGCCGCAAAGACCAAGGACUGCACAGUACCAUGUCUCUUUUACACCUCCGGACUAUCAGGUGCAGCAGAAAGAGAAGGCAACUUUGUAUUGAGGGCAGCCCUGGGUGCAGCUGCUACUGAAGGACCUCGCAAAUAUCAGACGAUUUGGGACUUGCAUGAUAAAAAGUUUUAUCCAAAUCCAAAGAAUUGGGAAGAGACUCCGGAAGCUAGAUGCAUCUAUGAGGAUGCGUUGAAAACAGAUAUGGGUAACAAGAUCAACGGAUGUCAACGAUUAUACUUCAUGGCCAUGUCAAAGGCCAUGGCAAUGGAAUGUACUGGAGAAGUCUUUGUGAUGACUACUGCCGAUUUGCAGCAGGAAAAGAACGUGCCAGAAAAUGGUAUCUGGUGGGAGACUGAAUUUCCGACCUUGAUUGACGGUAACCGACCACAGGACAAGAAAGUCACAAAAGUGCCUGAGCUCACCGAAGAAGAGUACAAAGCCCUUACUCCUGAACAAAGAAGUGUACCCCCCGAGAUCGUGCACGAGGCAGAGUAUUGGCCCACUGGACACGGUGCUACUCAAUUAAAUGGAAAGAAGACCACACGGGCGACGAGCGGGCUCGAGGUCACUCAAUCUCAUUCCAGCUCCAUUCAAGACAAUGUCUCCGCUACUUCGAACCAAUCGCCAGACAUGCUCUACGAAGAGAUUGCCAAGAGAGCGGAUCGCGAAGACGGUGAGAUUUUGGAACCCGAAGAUGAAGACUAUCCAUACCCCUAUUCUAUUGACAACAUGGUGGAGUUCUAUGGGGGCAUCAAAUGGUAA